AUGCCUCCAGCCCUCUCAGACCUGUAUGAACAGGUCAGCCAAAUACAAUCCGUUGAGUGGUACGGGAUAUGGGUUGCUGCCCUGCUGGGCGCCUGGCUUCUCACGCGGUUGGCGCACCAGCUUGGUCGAUGGUCUAUUCAACGCCCGAUUGCGGUCUCCCUUGGGCAGCGCAUCGGCCAUGAGUUGCCGUGGCCCGUCCGGACUAUUGACAUCGCCACCGCUCUCGAGGCGAUCUUGGUUGGGGUGCUCUUGGGCGCCAACAUUGUCCUCCUACUCGUGUCCGCCCAUGGCUGGGCCGACGUCCAGCAACGUGCGGCGAAGCUCGCCGUCCUGAACCUAUUGCCGCUCGGUACGGGCCUCACCUUUGGCCUCCCGGCCCAUCUGCUCGGAAUCAGCCGCUCUGCUUUUGCGUGGUGGCAUCGCUGGUUUGCGCGGGUGAUGGCCGCCCAUUCCCUGCUUCAUGGAGCCAUUGCCAUCGCCAGAGCGGACAACCCAGUCCCCUCGCUGAGGCAUGACUGGGUUACCUUGCUGGCAGCUGCUGCCAUUUUGAUGAUGAUCCCCGUGACCUUGCAUGUGGUUGUCCGACGGCACUGCCAAAUCGCCAUGAAAAUCCACUACCUUCUGGCGAUCACAGCAAUGGUUGGCCCUGGGGUAUCAUAG